AUGGCAGCUCAAGUACCCACGGAGGCUCUCAAGGAGCUCAAAGUGGCCGAGGCCAAUGGCAAGGGUGCGAAGCCCGAGCCCGCCGCUGACGACGACCACGGCGACGAUUCCGACGACGAUGCCGAGGACAACGCCGCCGCGACCGGCGCGGCCAAGAAGAAGAAGAAGAGAAAGCCCAAGAAGAAGAAGAAGAACCCCACCGCCCAGUCCGAGCCGCCCCGCGUAAAGGUCAGCCAGCUGUUCCCCAACGGCACUUACCCCAAGGGUGAGGAGGUCGAGUACAAGGACGAGAACCGCUACCGCACGACGAGCGAGGAGAAGCGCCACCUCGACAACAUCAACACCGACUUCCUGACCGACUACCGCGAGGCUGCCGAGAUCCACCGCCAGGUGCGCCAGUACGCGCAAAAGGUGGUGCGACCGGGCCAGACGCUCACCGAGAUCGCCGAGACCAUCGAGGACGGCGUGCGUGCCCUGACGGGCCACGAUGGCCUCGCCGAGGGAGAUGCCAUGAAGGCUGGCAUGGGCUUCCCUUGCGGUCUGAGCCUGAACCACUGCGCGGCCCACUACACGCCCAACGCGGGGAACAAGAUGGUGCUGCAGCAGGAGGACGUGAUGAAGGUCGACUUUGGCGUCCACGUCAACGGCCGCAUCGUCGACUCUGCCUUCACCAUGGCCUUUGAGCCCAAGUACGACAACCUGCUGCAGGCGGUCAAGGAGGCCACCAACGCCGGUAUCCGCGAGGCCGGCAUCGACGCCCGCGUGGGCGAGAUUGGCGGCGUCAUCCAGGAGACGAUGGAGAGCUUCGAGGUCGAGAUUGACGGCACCACGUACCCCGUCAAGAGCAUCCGCAACCUGACGGGCCACACGAUUCUCCCCUACAGCAUCCACGGCACCAAGGCCGUGCCGAUUGUCAAGAGCAAUGACCAGACCAAGAUGGAGGAGGGUGACGUGUUUGCCAUUGAGACGUUUGGCAGCACCGGCAACGGCUACGUCCGCGACGACAUGGAGGUGUCGCACUACGCCAAGAACACCGACGUGCAGCACGUUGACCUGCGCCUUAGCUCGGCCAAGUCGCUGCUCAGCGUCAUCAACAAGAACUUUGGCACUUUGCCCUUCUGCCGCCGCUACCUGGACCGCCUGGGUCAGGAAAAGUACCUGCUGGGGUUGAACAGCCUGGUGAACAGCGGCAUCGUCGAGGCGUACCCUCCGUUGUGUGACAAGAAGGGUUCAUACACUGCCCAGUUUGAACACACAAUCCUGAUCCGACCGACCGUAAAGGAGGUCAUCAGCCGCGGUGACGACUACUAG